AUGACUCCUAAUAAUAGUAAAUAUAUCAUUGACGAUUACAAUGUAUUAACUGUACUCUUGUGUGCCCUCACGAUACCCUUAUCAAUGUCUUUAUGGAUAAUCAAUAUAAUUUAUUCAAAAUUUGUAACAGGACAUGAAGGUUUGGAUGAACCAGUGGUCAUAUCACCUACAAGAUGGUUGGCUUCAUGUUUGAUACCAUUACUGGUAGCAGUGCAUGGUUAUAGGAAGAAAAGUGUAGCUCUUAGUGGUGCUGUCCUUGGUUGUUUCGUUGCUUUCAUUCUUACACUGAGUAACUAUUCCUUUUUGGUUUGUUUGAUUACAUUCUUUUUGUCAUCAUCAAAGGCUACAAAAGUAAGAGGCAAUUUAAAAAAGAAAUUAGAGGUAGAUUUCAAAGAAGGUGGUCAGAGAACAUGGGUUCAAGUUCUCUGUAAUGGAGGUAUGGCAACUCAACUUGCAUUAUUAUACUUACUAGAUGUUGGUGCAUCUGAACGACCUAUAGAUUUUGUACAAGAUUAUAGAGCUUCUUGGCUUACUGUUGGAGUCCUUGCUGUAUUUGCAUCUUGCAAUGGUGAUACUUGGGCAUCCGAGCUAGGGACAGUCUUUUCAUACUCUAAGCCAUAUUUAGUUACAAAUUUUAAAAAAGUACCAAAAGGAACAAAUGGAGGCAUCAGUAUAGAGGGCACAGCGUUUAGUGCACUUGGCGGUUUAGCAGUUGGUUUAGCACAAUAUUUGACAAUAUAUUACUUUUCGGAAAGUUCUUUAUGGUACUAUGCUCCUCCUCAAUGGCCUAUUAUUAUUUUAGGGGGUUUUAGUGGUUUCCUGGGAAGUCUUAUAGAUUCUGUACUAGGAGCAACACUUCAAUAUUCAGGUUUAAAUAAAGAAGGUCAAAUUGUAACACAUUCAAGUCUGGCUGUAAAACAUAUCAGUGGGAGGAAUAUUUUAGACAACAAUAGUGUGAAUCUUAUAUCAACAGUGAUCAUGGGCCUCCUGAUACCCACAUUGUGUAAAAACAUAUGGCCUUUAUUCUGA